AUGAGUGUUGAGGCAUCGGAGAAUAAUCGUAAUACAUCAAUGACAAGUGGAGAACAGAAACGUGAAAGUGAAAGUCAGAAACCUUCCACUGCCAAUACUGUCACCCCUUCUACAGUAAACAACAAUACUACGAAUAAUCAAACGCAGUCCAGUCAAGUGACACAGGAAAAGAAAGAAAAGAUCAUACCAAGAGAUGUCCGACUUCUUCAUUUAAUAUUUGCUACACAUGCAGUUCAUAAUUAUCAGGAUCAUGUACCAUUACAGUUGAUGGAUUUUGCCCAUAGAUACACGAAGUCGGUAUUGAAAGAUGCUUUGGUAUAUAAUGAUCAUUCGAAACCAGUCAAUACCAAUACAAAUUUGAAUACUAAUACUAAUAGUACGGUUAAUACAGAUGAUAUAAGGUUGGCUAUUGCUGCUAGAAGUAAUUAUCAAUUCAAACCAGUUCCUCCAAAAGAAUUAUUACUAGAAUUGGCCCAAGAAAGAAAUAGUAAACCAUUACCUCCAGUUAUACCGAGAUGGGGAUUAAACUUACCUCCUGAAAAAUACUGCUUAACUGCCAAAGAUUGGGAUAGUAUUUAUGAUGAACCAGAUGAAGAUGAUCCGAAUCAGCAACCAUCACAACAAAAGAAGAAAUUGAAAACAAAGUAA